AUGUACACAUCGCAUAACCCGGACAAUGUUGUAGCAAAGCAGUGUUUCAUUGCCCGCUACGUCAGUCAGCUGCCACCUGUCGAGCAAGCAAGAGAGCUCCUGGACCAAUUCGCUUCCGUUCUCCAUCCAAGCAUUUCGAUUCUACAUAUUCCUUCUGUAUAUUUGGUGGUGGAGAACACAUACAGAACUCUGGUUGACGGACAAGAGCCAACUAGCACCAGUCUCCUAUUGUUGUUCACCGUCCUUGCUGGGGCAGCACAGUUCUGGACACCAAGGCUUCUUGAGAGGCUGGAUGCUACAAGAGAGAACGCAGAGGUUGCCUCUGAGACUUACAUCAACAUUGCCCUAUCGAUAGUCGAGAAUGGCCACCGCCGUAUAGAGCCGUCGGCUACCGCUCUGGCUUCAAUUCUCACACUCGCACACAUCGUGCUUGACUGGGACGACUCGUCUGUGGUCAGAGCUGUGGUACUCCGGAGUCAUUGCCUCUCCAUGGCUCGCGCGAUGCAAGUUCACCGCCUGGACACUGCUACAAGCACGGAAGAGCGAAGGGUCAAGGGGGUCGAUACGGUAGAUGUAGAGGUUCAGCGCCGAGUGUGGUGGCACAUGGUAGCCUCGGACUGGCAUGUCUAG